AUGUCUACCGCUAAACCGCGAGGGGUAUUGGUGGGACGUACCAAUACUCGUGACGUGCUGUUUAAGCUGCGGUUGCGCUACGCUUACGGUUGCGAUCCCGAGUACUACGAUGAAGUAUUGGCGUAUAAAGGCCGAUUUGAGCUGUGCAUCGCCAUCCCCCCCGUGGCGGCAGUGGAGAAGUUUUUAAGCCCCGAGCCGCUUCCAGACGCCGACUUCUUCCCUGAUAGUGAGUUUACAGAGGGAGUACGCGACCAAUUGCUUGCGGAAUGGCCAUUGCUGUUCACCGCUGAACGCGACGAUAACACCGCCAAAGUCGACCUCACCAACGGCGACCUGGCUCUGAUGGACGUGUUUGGCCGGGUGGGAGCCAUUGCCGACGUUGGUGGAUCGAUUGUUGCCCUCAGAUGGCUCCCGACGCUGGAACCGGCCGAGUAUGAGUACGUGGCGUUAUCAGUGGUCCACGCGCCCAUCGCCGAAAGUCUUAACCACGAACGGCUCGGGUUGUUUAACCAGGAGAUGGACGAUAGUCUCGCGACGCUGAUCCAAGUGUGGAGAUACCGUGACGGCGAGUUAACUCGUCAUUUGCUUAUCGACACUACUGGAGUAGUAGGGGUCACUAACUACUUGGAAUGGCUUCCGCUAUCGGUGCCAGGGUGUCUAGGGGUGGUAUGUGGCUGUUUCAACGACGGGAAUUGGCACGCGAUCAAGAUUAGUCGUGAUUACGGCCAGGUAUCGUUGACUAAACUGCUGAUGACAAUUACGGUGCCAGACACUACCAUCACCUCGUUCAGCUUCCGCAACUCGAGCCACGUGAUUGUCGGCACUGCCACCGGCCACAUUGCUCAGUUUGAAGUGCCCGCUCCUGUGGAUAGUGAUGGGGUUACCGAGCCGCAAUGGAUGGUCCACUUGUUCAAAACCGCCAUCGAUUCGCUUUUGGUUAAUGCUAGUGAGCCUGGAAAGGACGUGGUGGUGGCUAAUUCACUGGGGCUGACUAUGUGCGCGGUUGAGCUUGAUAACUAUGUCGUGGGCCAGCUGACGGCGUUUGCUCCUAAAACGUGGCUUCGCCCGCUGUAUAACCCGAAGCUUAGACUUUACUUGGUGGCCCUGGCGCUCGACACGUUGUCGUAUAUGUUUUUGAGAGCCCCCACCGAGCUGAUUAACCUGUUGGCGAUUUCUUCGUCGUCAACUACGUGA